AUGGCUGCCAUUGGAAGACAGGUUUUCAAUACUUUAACUUAUCAAGUUAAACAUGGAAUAUAUCUCAAUACAGUCCGGGCUUUUUCAUCUCCAUCAACUUUUAAGUAUGCUGACCUAACAGUUGAACAAACUAAAAGUCCUCAAGCUAAACCAACACCAGAUAAGUUGUUGUUUGGUCAUCAUUUUACUGAUCAUAUGUUAGAGGUAGAUUGGACCAGUAAGAAUGGAUGGGGUAAACCACAUAUAAGUCCACUACAUAAUCUCUCAUUUCACCCUGCUGCUAAAGUUCUUCAUUAUGGAAUUGAGUUAUUUGAAGGUAUGAAAGCCUAUAUGGGUGUGGAUGGAAAGAUAAGAUUAUUUAGACCAAUGGAGAAUAUGAAAAGAAUGAAUAAAACUGCCAAAAGAUGUGAUCUUCCAACGUUUGAUGGUGAGGAAUUGAUAUCUUGUAUAAAGAAAUUAAUUCUAAUAGAUAGAGAAUGGGUACCAAAAGCUGAAAAUAGUUCAUUGUAUAUUAGACCAACUUUGAUUGGUAAUGAUCCAACAUUAGGUGUGAGUAAAUCACAACAAGCUUUACUGUUUGUCAUUGUGGGACCAGUUGGAUCAUAUUUUACUACUGGAUUAGAGCCAGUCACAUUGAUGGCAGAUCCAAAAUAUGUUCGAGCUUGGCCUGGUGGUUGUGGUAGUUACAAGAUGGGAUCAAAUUAUGCUCCAACUAUUGAAGUACAGAGCAAUGCUGUUAAAGCUAAAUGCCAACAAGUAUUAUGGUUAUAUGGAGAGGACCAUCAACUAACUGAAGUGGGUACCAUGAAUCUAUUUAUGUAUUGGACCAAUGAAGAAGGUGUAGAUGAACUUAUAACUCAUCCAUUAGAUGGUUUAGUUUUACCUGGUGUUACUAGAUCAUCAUUAAUUAAACUAGCUGAAGAAUGGGGAGAAUUCAAAGUAACAGAAAAACCAUACGGUAUGAAAGAAGUUGUAAAAGCUUUAAAAGAAAAUAGGGUAAAAGAAAUAUUUGGUGCUGGAACAGCCUGUGUUGUAUGUCCAGUUAAAGAGAUAGUAUAUGAAGGAGAAGUAUUACAGAUUCCGGCAGUAGGUCAACCUAAAUUAUCAAUGAGAUUCUUUAAAGAACUCACUGAUAUACAGUUUGGAAGAAAACCAAGUGAUAUGGUAGAAAUAGUAGAAUAA